AUGGCGGCCGUGGCGCGCGGCCAACGGAGAAGGAGCCGUGCUCCCGGGGCUGCCUCCGCCGCUGCGGCUGAAGACGACGGGGAGGAGCAGCACCUCAACCCCUUCCUCUCGGACGCGGCACCCUCUUCCUCGAGAGUCCAGUUCAGGAACGUCGCGUCGCGGGCGCGGUGGGUGGAGGAGGCUGGUGCGGCAGAGGUGUUGGACAACAAGGGGAAGCUCUGGCUGACCACUGGCAUAGCACGGGGCGGCAAGCUCUACUACAAUGUGGAGGAGAUCGGGUUCUUGGCAGAAAGAGGGGCAUUGGUUCUUCUCGAUGACAAGGAUGAAACAGUUGGAAUGGAGGAGAUUUAUGGAAAGAUUGCAAGAGGAAGUUAUGGGUGCUCCUGGGAUGCCUUCCAAGCUUACAGGCACUUGAAGUUGCUUGGCUACAUUGUUGGACGAUAUGACGUUCCCUGGACAAUGAAGCAAAUCCGUUCUGGUGACAUCACUAAUUCCCCCGACAGUAUGGAUGGCACAAGCCAGAACUUUGGUAAAGCCAAUGGUGCCUGCAAUGACAUUACCAAAUUGCUGAAAGGAAUGCUCAUAGAUGGGAUGUAUCCAACCUUUAAAGUGCAUCUACCAAAUAGCAAAUUUAAGAAGUCGUCCCCAGGAGUCCCUAGUUUUCUUGUAUGUCUGUUAAGAGACAAGCCACCUCCAAGGGAUGAACUUGAAACGGUGGAGAAUAAGUUUGGCGGCAUCCCUCUUAAAUUCUGUCAAGUUGAUAAUGGGCGUGUCAGCUUCCUCUCCUUCGAUAAAGUUACACUUCCUAGUUUGCCCUGA